CCACCAGUGAUGGCCUUCUUUCGCCAACUUCAGCUUCUUCUCUGGAAGAAUGGACUGGGUGUAAUUAGACGGCCAGUAUGGUCCCUGACUCUGAUCGCCUGGCCUUUGAUCAUCUUCAUCAUCCUUGCUGUGACCCGCCACCAGUUCCCUACUAUUGUGAAGGAAGCAUGUUAUGUCGGUCCCCGAAACCUCCCCAGCACAGGCUUAUUUCCUUUCCUCCAGACCCUCAUGUGCAACACAGAUAGCAGUUGCCAUAACACAUCUCGCCUGGUAGAACCAACAACAUCAAAGUCGAGGAGAGCAAGGUCUGUGACAGAGAGUUCUCCACUGGAGAGUCUUGGUCAAGUGGGGGAUUUUCUUAACCUUCUCCCCAACGACUUCACCAAUGAUCAAUCAGAACUGGUUAAACUGCUGGACAAUUUGGGCAUGUCUCACCAUGGAAGUCCUAAAAAUGCUCCUGUAACGACUUUCUUCAACAGUACUGAAGAUCAGGAGAACCUGGAUAACAUGCUUGAGUCAGCCAACCUGUUAAAGAGGGCCAUUUGCACUGUGACUCUGCCCAUGCUGAACAAAAGCUCGCUAGAUGUUUUCACCAAUGCCGUGUUCAUUUUCUGCAAGACCAAUAACACAGUGUUCGAAGUCUCACUCUAUACAGUCAAUCAGAUACUGGAAGAAUGGAUGCUGACCCAACCAGAGGAAAUGAUGGAGGUGGCAUGGGUAACAGUGACAUUCCUCAAUCAGCUGCAAAAUGACAACUUGCUAUGGGACCGUCUUCUAGCUCUUCCUCAGCUCUUUUCAGAUGGUUCUGUUGACCAAAUGCUGAGAACACUGGAAGAAGUACUCAAGCACCUACAGGGUGAUGCAUAUACCAUUGAGGAAGAUUUCCCUGAGACCAGUGGCCCGCUCUCCAAGUAUGAUUCAUUUCUUGCUGAAGCCAUCAGAGUGAUCACCUAUAUCAAUCAUUGGCCUGGCAAAAAUGUCACCAUUCCCCUUGGAAAACUGGUCACAAAUGACUCACUAGGAACAACGGUGAAAUACCUCGUAGAAAAUGUUUUGGAUUAUGAGAUACCACUGGAUAAGGCUUUCGGCCUGAUGUUGGACAAAGAUCUGGUGCGUUCUUAUCUGUGUGAUAACAGCAGUAACAUCUUGUGGUCAGCAACAGCGUGCAGCUCAGGAAUUGUGGACAAGGUUCUAAGCGUGAUCAGCACAGAAAAAGUGGCAAAACAGGUUUUCCUGGCCUGGAUUAAGGAGGUUGCUAAACACGACGUGCUCUUUGCCAGAGGACUGGUCUACAAUCUGACUGGAUAUUUCUCUUCAGGAGAAUCUGAAGCCUCCAACAUCACAAGGACCAAGCGCAGCUCAGAUACAGAACCACAAAACGCAGAGGAAGAGCUGUUUCUGAACAUCGGUCAGGCAACAUUGGAACUUGUACAAAAUGUGCCUGAGGUGAAUACGGUUGUCCAGGGCAUCCUCAGAACUGGUUAUCAGUCCAUGAAGCUAGCGUCAGAGACCAUUGACAUGCUAAAAGACAUUCUAGAAAAUGUCCUGGACGAUGCUAAUGACCUCCAAAUGAUUUAUCAUACGUUGCUGACAAACCAGUCCGAGUCACGCGCUUUGAUGGACCGUGUCCUCAACAGUGUGAUGGAAGUAGUUAUGAAGGUGAUGUCAACUGAGGAUGUAAAAUGUGAACAAGUUCUGGAUUCCUUGGACUGGCUGUUAUCCACCAAUAGCAUAAAAACUGAAGUAUGGACAGCACUGAUCUGCCCCAACAACGGGAAUCUGCAACAAGCUUUGCUGAUGGACUGGGAGGACUUGAUUAAAAAAGGACAAGAUCUGUACUCCAUCCUAACAGGCGAAGCAGAUUUCAACAUAACACUUCCCAAGAUUCUGUCUGAGUGGCACGAGCUGUAUGAGGAGAGCUUGGAGUUUGCUGAGCUUUUGACCGAAAUGACAGAAAAGCUGAAUGAAGAAUACUGGAUGAACUGGAUACCCGACAACAACACCCAGUUUGUUUCUGGAGCUCUUCAAAAAAGUCUUGUGUGGUUUAUGAUCAGUCUUGGUGAAAGAAUUGAAAAUAGUGAUCAGUGGCCUCCGGUAAAGGACUACUUCCACAUUGCUUACUGGAUUUUGAACUACCACCCUGAUGUCACCACUCAGCCAGCAAACUGUUCUUUGAACAAGAACUUAGCCCUUCAUUGUGACACUGGUUUCAACUGGCCACACUUUGUUCAAGCAAUGACUCAGGCUCUGAUGUCACCAAGUGAUGCCCUUGUGAACUGGCUCAAAGGAUCUGUGAAUCUACUGCAACAUGUGUAUGGUGAAAUCUAUACAAAUGCGACAGCUGUAUAUUUGAAACAGGAAAUCAAAGGAGGUGAUGCCCUCUCUAAUUACCUGAUUAAUCUGAUGCAUAACCUGGAUGUAUUCCUCAGUACAAUCUCCCAGCUUCCCAAUCAAAACAUCACUAACCCAGCUACCAUGACUCUAAACAUUCAUGCCCUGUUAGAGUCCACGGGUUUGUCAUCACUUGUUCCUCUGCUCAGCCAAGAGUCUCCGCUUAAUGCCUCCACAAUCCUUGCUGUGGCCUCCAAACUUGGCAGGUUAAACCAGCAUAUUUUUACCUUCAAUGAAACAGACCCAACAUUGCCUGAACUGGAAAAGCUGAUAAGGGAGUUCCUCUCUUUGGAGGGUAACCUCACAUUGUCUCUCCCAAACAUCAUGGGACACACUCUGCUUACCUAUUCUAAUUACUUUCAUUCUGAUGAAGUGGACAGUCUCAUAAAAGCAAUUGAGCCUUUCACCAACCAGACCUCAGUGGGUUUUGUAAAAGCCAUCAUCAGUGCUGUGGAGCUGUUCAAGACAGUGAUGGACUCUCCAAAUGGUGACCCAACUGAGAUCAUUCUUGGGUACAUCCGUCAGAUUCAAGAGUUUGUGGUUUCCCUCUAUAGGCUACGAAAAAUUGAACAUGUCAUGUUCCUAAAUGACCAGUACAGCACGGCUCAAGUCACUGACCUCCACUUGCUUUCCAUGGACUUUCUCAACCUCCUCACACCUGAGAGCCUGCAGAACCUCACUCAGGCUGGACCAGAUGCUGCCCAGGACAUCGUUAUCCAGAAAUUUGUAGCAUUCCUGCCAAAGGAAAUCCAAAGUGAUGCUGCUCAGUUUCUUCAGGAUUUCAAGGCUCUGCAGAGUAAUAUAACCAAAUGUGCAGCAGGCGAGGACUGUCUGGCUGGAUUUUCAGAAAUCUCUAAAUUUCUGGAUCAGAUAUUAGACAUGAUGCUCACAGCCAAUGGGACCGUCACCAUCAAAAUUGGUCCAUUUGGUUUGGGGGAUAAAGAAUAUGAAAACACAGCUUCCUUGGUUUUCUCAUUGCUCCUGUCACCAAAUGAUGCUGCCUCUCUGGAAACAUUCAAGCAGACCCUCCAAUUCAUCAAAUUGGUCAUGAAUACACCAAAUGUUACCGUGUCCGAUGUCCAGAAUGCCCUUACACAGACAAACCUAACCAUUGAGGACCUAAAUGCUAUUGCCGAGCUAGCUGGAGCUUCCAACAUAAAUGAACUCAUGUCAAAUAUAAUCGGGAUUGCAAAUGUUGAGAGCUGUUUUGAACCCCAGAAUGACAUCAUGGUAACAACCAAGUGUGUUACCGGACUCAUAGAUAUGUUCAGCAGCUUUCUGACACAGGUACCUUCUCUCCAUAACAACACAGACAUUAUCUCCCUCAUCCCUAUAAUUGUCAAUAAGACUAUCAAUGACUUCACCCAAGUUAACUUCAACUCCGGUCCUAACAUGGUUCUUGUAGACAGCUUGAAUCUCAUCCUAACUAAUAUCAAGAUGAGCCUAGACCAGAGCCACCUAAACACUCCAGAGAUCAUGAAUGAAAUACAAGUGGUAGAGGGUCUGAUACAGUUGAUUGCCGACAUGCAGCCAGUAAACACCUCCCAAAUGACGGACCCUCUGCAAGUCCAGAUAGUAUAUCUGAAUCUUAUAAAAUGGUACUUGAAACGGCUGGAAAACAUCACCAGCGAUAGUGCAACCGCAGAGCUCCUUCAUCCUUUCUUUUCCAUCACACAAAUGCAAGUGGCAUUACAGCUAGCACAGACAAAUUUCUCUUUGUUUGUUAGUGACAAGGUCCAGUUCCUAAUAAACAGCCUCCAGGGCCCAAUAGAUGGCACCGUUGUGAGUGAAAUUGGCCAGACAGCAAUUGAGAUUCUUCAGCAUCUGUUGGACUUAAUAGAGGUCAACUUCGAGUCAUGGAAUAACACUGAAGGCUCUGACCAGCACUUCGAUGCAACCAUUCUGCAUUCCACGGCACUCCAAAUUAAGCAGUACCUUGGUCUCAUUGAGAAGUGGAUGACAGAGCCCAAUGUCACAUUGCUCCUUAGCAGUAUGAUCCAAUGGAAAAACUCCACCAUUGCCACCCCUGUGACAGAUCUCCAAUACAUCCUGCAAACAGUGGAAAAUUUUCUCAGUGAUGAUCAGCUGGCCUACCUUUCCAUAAUAAACAAUAUCACAGAGUCUCUAAGCAAAGCUGUGAUGGUGGCAGAGCAACAAGGCCUACAGGAUGAAAGCUUCAUAGCUGCCAUUGUAGAAGUAGUGCAACAUGUUAUACAGAUCCCAAACAUUACUGUUAUCCCACUGCCACAGCAAGAUUUUCUGGAAAUUGUGGAAGAGUCAGUAAAUCUCAUUGUCCAACGAAACAUGAGCUUCGCUUCAGCUAAAAACAUCUCCAUCGUCAUCCUGGAGAAAGUUGAGAGAAUCAUCCAACAAACUGUACCAGAAAUGGUUGCAGAAUACAUGCUUGGCUCACUCAAGUUUGUAAAAACAUAUUUUGAGACCAUCUCUGAAGCCAAUGGACAAGACAGCCUGAAUCAGAUAAUUUUCAAUGAAAUGAAGACGCUGCAGAGCCUCCUGUCACAGCAAUCCCCAGUCCAGCCCUACAUUUCUGCCCUCAUUAACAUCACUCAGGUUAUCUUGGAGUAUGGCCAAGGUAACAUGAACCUCUGGGCAGGCUUUGAAAACGCAUCAGCAGACAAUGCACAACAAAUCAUUCAGCAGUUGGGCAAACUUGUGAGCAUGUUUUGGCCACUGGUUGCGGAAGGCACUGGCUCACAUAUGACUGCUCCAUCCCUGGAGGCUUUUACUCAACUUGUUCCAGUCCUGAGGACCAUAUUUACUGGGAAUGCAGACCAAGACACAUGGAACAAGCUUGAACAAAUGCUGGGAACCCUGUUGUCCACCCUUGAAGGAACAGAGUUAUUGGACCAUUUAACGUCUGUUAUCCCACAGUUUGAAAAAAUGGUUGGAACUUUAGUGGAGAACAUCAAAGCUGGAAAUGUGAUGAUACAAAGCCUUCAAAUUCCCAUCCUGAACCUGAUGAGAGAAGUUGCACAGUCUUUGAACAACACUCAUUACAAUUUUUCUGAAGUCCUGGAAAAAUUUCAGGUUGCCAUUGAAAGCACAGUGCGGGCCGCUCAGCAGGCUAAUGGCACCUUGGAGUGCAGUGAAGUUCUCAAAGUGUGGGAGACAGUCAGUGAGGCAGCAGGGUUAAGCCCUAACACCAUGGCUGUGUGGUGCAACAUCAGCCUGCAGCCUGUUUUGGAGGCCUAUGCUUCCGCACAGAAUCUCUACUCCCAAAUGAACUUGAGUCAGAUGAUCAUGGGACCAACCAAUGUGAGCGACACAGCUGCUAGGAUUGUAGAAACUGUAAAGUCACUCUACCAAGUCAACAUUAACAACAUAAUUGUGAUAAACCAGUUGGUCAUGAAUUUCUCCAACCACCUCUCAAUGCUGGUAGAGCAGCCUAUGAGUCCUGAGGAACAGCUUUACUGGCAAAACCAGCUCCAAGACAUGCAGUUGCAAAACAGUUUGUCUUCCAUCAAAAUGCUCUCAGAUGAAUUGCAUAAUGUGGCCCCGGCCUUGCAGCCCUACAUGAAAGCUCUUGUGAAUGCUACAGGCUACAUCCUGGACAACUAUCAACUACUUCAACAGAGCCCAUCAGCCGAGGAGCUCCUCAAAGAAGCAGCAAUGCGCUUCCUUUCCUCUGCAAACAUCUCCUCCUAUGAUAUCUUCUCCAUCCCGGUGGGGAACACAACUGCAUCUCUUUACGACUUGACAACAGAAGUUAUCAGACUGAUGAUUAACAUUAAGGUAUUUGGUGAUGAUCCUAUGCUUUACCAAGUCUUGGAGGAAAUUUUGAGAUCCAGUGACACAAAAUUGAUAGCAGAGAAGGUGGCCGAGUUGUCUAUGUGGUUAAACUCCACCGAAGCAUCUGGGCUAGACCUGCUGAGUGAGGCUCUGUUCAGAUCCUAUGACAUCAUAAGGCCUGUCUUGUCUGCCCUGGCCAAGAUGAACACAGACAUGCAAGCAACUGUAGAGCUCCUGGAAGACUUAGUAGGAAACGUCAUUGCUAUGUUUAGGCAGUUGGUAAGCACCGGUAAUGUUCCAGACCCAAUGGUCCAACAUUUGAGUGGCUCAGAAAUGACAGACGGUUACCACACACAUUUGGUCAGACGCAGACGUGAUGCCUCAUUAAUGAUGACAACAGACCCAAUGAAUGACUUCAUAGACCUGUUCUACAUUGACUACCCAACCAUGUUCAAAGCUCUGGCUGUCCCUCCUACAACACCAGAAAUUAUGGAAACAGCCCAUGUGUUCUUUGCCGAUCCCAAUUUGAGCGUUGUGAUGAAGGGAGCUACAAGUGGCAUGCAGUGGGGCUUGAAUGCCUCUCGAGAAGAGACCAUUGAUGCUGCACUUGGGGUACUCUCCUUCCUGACGCUCCCUGACGUCUUUGAAAAGUCGUCAAUGGAUCUCCUCAAGAAUGUGGUGGAUAUGCUUCCUGAUGCCUUACCAUACUCCUCUGUGAUUAAAAGUUUCACCAGAGCACUAGCCAAUGAAUCUCAAGAGAACCUGAUGCUUGUGCAGCAGAUCAUCAAAACAGCUGGUCAGCUUUUCCAGACCCUCCCAACAGACCCACAGUUUAAAGAAAAUCUAGACCUCCUGAGAUACCUGGUGUGUAUGUUAGAGGAUACAGAGACUGUACACCUCCUGAUGCAGAGCCUCAACAUAGAGUCCGGUCAGCUUUGUCACACUUUCCUGCCCAGCCUAGAGGUCAUAAUUGAGGGUCUGGUGAUGAACACAACAUCUUUGGUUGAUAUCUUCUAUCAAACUGUAAUCGGGGACCCCAGGAGCUACAAUGUCCACACAGACUGGUCUAGUGUGCUGAGCCAAAAUCUGGGCUUUAACAUCAGCAGCGUGAGCUCUCUCAACAUUAACGGCACUUCCUCAAGAGUGAUGACAUUUGGUGAGAUUCUGAAGAAUAAAACAGCUUUUGUUCUGGACGUGCAGCAGUACAUGGAUUUGGAUCCAGCAACUCUUGACCUCCUAAUGAACAGCACGCUCUCAAACAACAAUCUAGUGAUCCUGUCCUGGCUGGUGAACCUGCGUCACUGCCCCUCCACACCACUCGCAAACAUGGAAGAGGCUGAUCUGAUGAAGACCUUCUGCUCUCUGUCUGUUGAACAGUGGUACACAUUGUCACUGCUGAUGACUCGACAUCUAAACAUUGAACAAGUGUUAUACAAAAUGGUUUUGUCUGACGACAUGCAGACUUUGGUGGGAAUCAUGGUUUCGGUGGCUGAGGCUAUAACAGAAAUGAUGGACAAGAUGCUUCCUGCCAUUAAGCAACUGCAAAUCUACCUGAACAACAUCAAAAACCUCAACCUGACAGCCAACAACCAUUUUAGCCAACCACAUCCAGUGAGGGAGCGGAGGUCCACCACUUCCAGCGCAGGAUCAUUCGUUACCCUUUCUCGAGCGCUGUGCAGCCAUGGCAUCAAGGUUCUUUUUGGAAUCUCCAAGCUGCCCCUCGUCUCAGAUUCGGACCCUUCCUUUACCAACAACCCACAGAGGGAGGAGAUGAUUGAGAGGUUCAAGAUACCACGGAAUGCCACUCCCUUCUGUAUGAACAUGUACCUGGACAUGGUCAACACCACAGGAGGAGCUAUUGCCUGGGCCUUCCUCAAGCCAAUGCUGAUGGGACAAAUCCUGUACACACCCAAUACACCCAGCACACGAGCCAUAAUAGAGAAGGCCAAUGCCACCUUGCAAGAUUUUGCAAAUGCAAGGCAAUAUUCAGAAGACUGGAUAAAAUCCUCCAAGUUCCUUGUUACGUCUGCGAACAAACUCAAAAAGACUUUGCCAGUGCUGCAGAAUUCCCUUGGCAAUCCCUUUGUGAAGAACUUCAUUCAGAUGCAGACAGGCAUCAAUGUAGACAGAAUGCAGGAGACACUCAGCAGCUUCUCUAACAUGACGCUGAUGCUGGAGAAGAACAAAGAGAUAGUGGAUCACAUCAACACCUUAUCCACCUUGAUGGUUGACAUCUCUUCCUGUAUCAAGUUUGACCGAUACCGGGGCUUUGACUCUGCCGACGAGCUCAACAGUGCAGCGCAGGAACUUGCCAAAAACCGUGAUCUCUAUGCAAGUGUGAUCUUCAAGCUUCCCAAAGAUGCAGACUCAUCCAGAAACAAGCGUGAGGCCACAACCUCUCUGCCUCCCGAAGUCAGCUACACUAUCCGCAUGCAUAUGGACAAUGUAAUGCGGACUGACAGAGCCCGGAACCCGUUUUUUGUCAAGGAGUCGUACAUCUCAGGCAGAAACACAAUGCGCUACAACCGGGGAUUCAUCUACCUACAGGAGAGCAUUGACCGAGCUAUCAUUGAGACACAGACAGGACAGAAAGCCAAAGAGACUGCCGUGCAGCUGCAGCCAUUCCCCUAUCCGUGCUAUCACCGGGAUGAGUACCUGGAGGCCAUCUCUUUUGUCUUCCCUAUCAUGCUGAUGGUAGCCUGGGUGUUGUUUAUUGCUGAUUUCGUGAAGAAACUUGUGCAUGAGAGAGAACUGAGGCUGCAUGAGUACAUGAAAAUGAUGGGAGUCAACACACUCAGUCACUUCUUUGCCUGGUUCGUGGAGUGUUUUAUCUACCUGCUGGUGACUAUCAUCAUCAUGACACUGGUGCUGAAGCACGGCAAAAUCCUGCCCAACAGUGACGGUUUCCUCAUUUUCCUGUACCUGUGUGACUAUGGCUUGAGCAUCUUAGCCUUCAGUUAUCUUGUCAGCUCCUUCUUUGACAAAACCUACAUCGCCGGCCUGAGUGGCAGCCUGCUUUACAUCAUCUGCUUCUUCCCCUUCAUCAUCGUCUCCGCACUGGAGGGCAGUCUAACGCUCAUCCAGAAGAGUGCCUUGGGAUUGUUUUCCCCGACCUGUUUCAGUUACGCCAGUCAGUACAUGUCUCGCUACGAGGCCCAAGGAGAAGGAAUUCAAUGGAGCAACUCAUACUCCUCGCCCAUUGCUGGAGACACAGCCUCGUUCGGUUGGCUGUGCUGGCUGAUGCUCUUCGACUCUAUCCUCUACUUCACCAUUGGAGCUUACAUUCGCACAGCGUUUCCAGGAAAAUAUGGCAUUCCUGCUCCGUGGUACUUCCCAUUCAAACUCUCCUUCUGGGCUGACCUGUGCGGUGUUCGACCACAGAAGAAUACGGCCAAAGGACUUCUCUUCACAAACAUCAUGCAGAAUGACCAGCUUGCCUUCUCCAAUGACAAGGGAAAAGGAAAGAGCGCUCUUUCCACCAAGACUGGGGAAUACUUCUCAGAGCUCCCAGUUGGCGUUGCUCUCCAUGGUCUCACCAAGACCUAUGGUAACCAAGUGGCUAUUGAAAACCUUAAUGUUUCUUUCUAUGAGGGCCACAUCACCUCACUGCUCGGUCACAAUGGAGCUGGAAAGACUACCACCAUGUCUCUCCUUACUGGGCUUUUUGCCCCAUCUUCGGGAACCAUAGAGGUUUACGGUAGAGACAUGCAGACAAACAUUGAGAACGUUCGCAGGGAGCUAGGAGUCUGCAUGCAGUAUGACGUCCUGUUUGAUCACAUGACCACCAAGGAGCACCUGCUGCUGUAUGGACAGAUCAAGGCCCCACACUGGUCAGACAGAGAACUACAUGAACAAGUCCGCACGAUCCUAGAGGACACGGGGAUGUAUGCUCACAGACACAAGCGGGUGGGCACCCUAUCAGGCGGCAUGAAGCGCAAGCUGUCAAUCUCCAUCGCCUUAAUAGGGGGCUCUCGCGUGGUGGUUCUGGAUGAACCCACUACAGGAGUUGAUCCCUGCUCCAGGCGCAACAUCUGGGACAUUGUAAUCCAGCACAAGAAAAACCGCACAAUCAUCAUGUCCACCCACCACCUGGACGAAGCAGAAGUGCUGAGUGACCGCAUCGCCUUCCUGGAGAAAGGAGGAUUAAAAUGCUGUGGAUCCCCAUUCUACUUGAAAGAAAAGCUAGGCCAAGGCUACAAACUUACCCUCACCAAAAAGGUGCAAAACACAGAAAAUAAACGGAUUGACAGCGCUGAAGUUAAAGCCUUUGUCCAAGCCCAUGUACCUGAAGCACAACUGAAAGAAGCCCAGGGCAAUGAUUUGGUCUACUCACUGCCACCCUUCAACUCAUCCAACGCCUCCUCAUACCGCUCUCUGCUUACCGCGCUGGACUCCAACCUGGAUGCUCUACAGUUGGGGGGUUAUGGUAUCUCUGACACUACACUAGAGGAGGUGUUCCUCCAACUGACUCAUGGACAGACAGAAGCUAAAGCUGAGGAUGGCCUCCCAUCCGUAUCAGAGACGGUUUCCGACAAUAUAUCCAUCGACAGCUUGUCUUUAGACGACAGUGACAGCAGCACAAGCUUCAGCGACAGGAUCAACCUUACCAGUUCAUCCACAGUGACCGGCAUGGCUCUGGCCUGGCAGCAAAUGUCAGCCAUCCUGAUCAAGAGAUUCCACCACAGCCGCAGAGACUGGAAGGGCCUGAUUUCCCAAAUCCUGCUUCCUGUUCUGUUUGUAGUGUUUGCUAUGAGCCUGGGGUCUAUCAAAAGCGACGUGCAGCACUAUCCUGAGCUACAGCUUAGCCCUGCGCUCUAUAAGAUCGGACCAAGCUACUCCUUCUUCAGCAACCAGAAUCCUAACUCACAGCGUCUGGCAGACACCAUGAUGUCAUUCCCUGGGAUGGACACCACCUGCCUCGACAAGCCUGAUAACCUUGACUGCACAAGGAACACAAACAAGUGGAGCUCCAGUGGAAACACCACGAAAGGAUUCAACAUCUGCAAAUGCACUCGGAAAGAACAGAUUUGCGACAAAGACAACUACCAGCCCCCCCGUACGGAGAUCCCUUCAUCUCAGAUUGUUUAUGAUCUGAAUGGCAUCAAUGUGGAGAACUACCUAGUGGCUACAGCCAAUGACUUCAUAAGGAACAGGUACGGUGGUUUUGCUUUUGGCAUGCCACUCCCAGCGGACUUAAAAAUGGACAUCACAACAGUGCCCAAAAACCGUACGCUGUCUAAGGUCUGGUUCAACCCUGAGGGUCACCACACAAUGCCAGCAUACUUAAACAGCCUCAACAACUUCAUCCUACGCUCCAAUCUGCCAGCAGACAAGGAUCCACGCAAAUAUGCCAUUUCAGUUUACAGCCAACCAUAUUUUGGACGGGCGGAUGAUGAAGAUGUAGUUGUCCAGGGAAUGCUUCACAUCCUUGUGGCUAUGUGCGUGCUCACAGGCUUCUCAAUAACAACAGCCAGUUUUGCCCUCUAUGAAGUCACUGAGCACCAAAAAGGGUCCAAGAGGCUUCAGCACAUCGCUGGCAUCAGCGAGUCCUUCUACUGGAUUGUAAACUUCAUCUAUGACAUGGUCAUCUAUUUGGUCCCCGUAGCUGCGACCGUUGUUGUGAUUGCUGCCUUCCAGAUUCCAGCAUUUACAGAACGCCAAAAUUUGGGUGCCGUCACUCUCCUCCUGGUGCUCUUUGGGUUUUCCACCUUCCCAUGGAUGUAUUUGUUUGCCGGGAUCUUCAGGGAUGCAGAGAUGGCCUUUAUCAGCUACGUGUGCAUCAACCUCUUCAUCAGUGUCAACACCAUCUUGACCACCUGCAUCCUCUACUUUCUGGGUCAAAUAUCAAUGCACAAUCCUGAGGCAAUCCAGAAAAUCUUCCAGAAGCUGAGCUACGCCUUCCUCAUCUUCCCCCAGUUCAGCUUUGGGAAUGGGCUGAUGGAACUGGCCAGAGGUGACAUAGAGGUCCAGAUUCUCAGUGGCUAUGGAGUCGAUGCCUAUAAGAACCCAUUCUCCACAGAAGCUCUGGGAUGGAUGUUCAUCUCCUCCAUCAUCCAGGGCCUGGUCUUCUUCACGCUGCGUCUUUUGAUCAACAAAUCUCUAAUGCGCAAAGUCAGGCGUCUAAUUUGCUACAUCAAGACUGUGCCCCAGGCGGCUUAUGAUGAUGAUCAGGAUGAGGAUGUGGUAUCUGAGCAUCUCAGAGUGGCCAGUGGAGCAGCUAGCUCAGACAUACUGCAAGUCAACCGUCUCACAAAGAUCUAUCAACACCUCAGUAAGAAGGUCCACGCUGUCAAGAAUCUGUCUGUGGGCAUCCCUGCAGGAGAGUGCUUUGGCUUGCUGGGAGUGAACGGAGCAGGAAAAACUACCACCUUCAAGAUGCUGACUGGAGACGUUAGCCCCACUGAUGGCACUGCACAGAUCAAGGACUGGGAUGGACAUUUGGUAGACAUCAUGGAGUGCCGGAAACAAGGAAUUAACAUCGGCUACUGUCCUCAAGUGGAUGCACUGGAUGAUUUGCUCACUGGAGAAGAGCAUUUGUACUUCUAUGCUCGCAUACGUGGCAUCUCAAAGUGGGAGACAGACCGGCUGGUGAACUACCUACUGAAGAGGCUGCAGCUCAACUACCACAGAAACAUUAUUACCGACGGUUACAGUUGUGGCACCCGAAGGAAGCUCUCUACAGCGCUGGCUCUCAUCGGGAAUCCACAAAUCCUUCUCCUGGAUGAGCCAAGCUCUGGCAUGGACCCUCGUACUAAGCGUCACCUAUGGAAAAUCAUCUCUGAGGAAGUGAAAGGGAAGUGUGCCGUGGUUCUCACAUCCCACAGCAUGGAGGAAUGUGAGGCACUGUGCAGCCGUCUUGCCAUCAUGGUGAAAGGUCAGUUCCGAUGCCUGGGCUCCCUGCAGCACAUUAAGAACAGGUUUGGCAGUGGGUUCACUGUGAAGAUGUACUUGGCUGAGGCCUCCUGUGACGUAGGGAAAAUCACUAGCUUCAUGCAGCGCAGAUUCCCCAGCACUUAUCUCAAGGACCAGCACUCGACUGUGGUGCAGUACCACGUCCCAUUUGCUCCUGGAGGUUUGGCUGACAUCUUCGACCAGCUGGAGUCCAACAAGACUGCUCUGCAGAUCAAGCACUUCUCUGUGAGCCAGACCACACUGGAUGAGGUCUUCAUCAAUUUCGCCAUGGGAAAGAUCGGCAUUGAAACCAUACCAACUGACGCCGAAGAUGAAGAUGAAGUACAAGCAUAGAGCUGACUGCCAUCUUUAGUGUGUGUCCAUUCACACUAAAUCUGACCUUAAUAUAGUAGAAAAUGUGACUUAAAUGUUUGGGGGUUCUUUUUAGGAAUAUUAUUAUUUUUAGUCACUUGACUGUGAAUAUGAAGGUUAAAUUACACUUUUUUUCUUACCAAAUCAAACUGUUGAUGAAAAGCAUAAGAAUACAUGGCCAGUCUGCAUACACGAGUAGAUGAAGUGAAUAAUUACUCUUCUACAUAACACUGUUUGCAUGUUCACUUUGAAUCAUUCAGGUCACAUUAUGUAUGACGUUUGCUUUAAUUAUGUAGUCUGUUAAUUUCUCUCUGUGGAUAGGGUUCUUUUUACCUACCUACCUUUACCUAGAAUAUUAGACCGUAGCUAAUAAAAUAUUUAGAAUGAUUUUUAAUUUAAGGUCAUUGGUGGCAAACCAUCACUAUACAACAUCACAACAUACUCACUUAAUAAAUAUAUAACACAAACAAAAAGUAAUGUAUUUUUUUAUGUGAACUAUAUAUAAUUCUGCUCCUGAGAUGAAAUUUGACAAAAGAAAAUAUUGACACCGAGAGCUUAAUAUGCACUUUCCCCUCACUCAUUAACACUUUCUCCAAGGGCAUAUGUAACUUCUGGAAUGACUGUACUGAAUAUUUAAUAGACUUUUUUGCCUAUGGACCUGCUCCAUGUGGUAUUAACUACAUCAAGCCUAUUUUUAUAAUUUAAUAAAGCUAUUUUUC